AUGAUGACUGUAGUUGCUGGUUGUGUAUGUGUAGGCAUCGGCUGCCUGUUAAGCCGUUCCAGCCAGAGAAACCAACUGGACGCUAUUCUUCUAGAGAGAGCUACCCACAUCCCGGAACUAAAAGGAUUAGAGGAGUGUCUUGAAAAGACUUGGAGAAAUCCCCUCGCUGUUGUGGUACAUGGAACUGUUGGAUCAACCUCAACCGUAGAGAAUAGCCGUUCAAGUGUUUUUGUCGAGGAAACGGCCGUACUUGAGUUUAAGAGGAUGAUACAAUUUGGUGAACCAAUACCAGAUCAGAAAAGAACAUUAGUGAGCCGUAAAGAGGAUGAUGGCACUGCUCGAGUUUAUAUAACCGAUUAUCGAUUUGCCGAUGGAUUUUACGAUGUUUUGAAAAGCUACUUCUCCACUGAAAUAGUGGUUCAAUACUUCGAAAGCCUUGUUAAUAAUAAAACAAUCAAGAUUCCUGAUGUUGAAGGUUCUAAGUGUCGGCAAGUUCUUGAAAUUGGCACGGAUUUGACUGUUUAUGGUAGAGCUGUUAGAGACGAAGAUGGAGCUCCCAAGAUCCAGAGGGUCUUUAAUGUCUAUAGUGGACGCGUAGAACUUAACAAAAUGAUUAGUGAUCUGAAAUCAAAGUCAGAGUCUAGUGGGAAUCUCUCCAUGUUUUUUACAUUUGCGGGUUGGGUUUUAAUGUCCGUGUUCUGGCUGCGAGAGGCCAAGGAGUAA